CAAAGGCAUGCAUGGAAUUCCAGUAUUCCUGAAUAAUGAUAUUCCAGUGCUAUUGCAACUGCAGUCUUUAUUGGUAUUUUUAGAUCGAAUAGCCUACUCGGUCCGGUCAGGGAGGUGAGUCGGGUAGCUACAAGGAGUAAAUAUAAACACCAAACUCUGACAUCAGAGCGCUGUAUGUUGUGCUCCUUCUGAUCGGUAUGUUAGAAGGAGCCGGAUGAAAACUAACACCAGAAUGUGGACUAAGUAAAGACAGUUGGAAAUGCGCGCUGGCUGAGGAUUGGAGUAGUAAAAAGCUGGAUGUGGGUGUGUCAGUGGAGUGUGACAGGCUGAUCCUGUCGCUCCAACGCUGGCAUGGGAAGAGCAAAUGCGCCCGGUGCGCGCACAGAUACAACCAUGGCCGGGUUCGGCUAGUCUUUGUAAUCUCUCAGAGUGAAACAAGGACUGCAGCUGAAGGGACUCCUAAAGGGGGUCUUUCACAACACUUCUGUAAUCUCGGAGUGCUCGAGAGAGAUGUGGAAUGCGCUUGGAAAUGGCGCAGGGUUUCACGUGCGUAAGACGCAUGGCUGGGAAUUCGUGCCUUGUUCCAUGAAGGAAGAGGACAGGAACCGCAGUCGGAGUCCACUCCGAGAAGUGACCUCUAGGGCCUCUGUGGGACAUUUUUCCCAGCACUCUGGCCUCGGAGGUGCAGUGUCGCCAUCUGCAGAUCUCCAGAACCAACAUUUACGACUCAGAAAGAGGUUCGAGGAGCUCAGGAAGCGGCACGGGCAGGAAAAAGACGCGUGGAUGAAAGAGAAGGAAAUGCUUUUGAGAGAAGUUGCAGAAGUGCAAGGCGGAGAGAACAGACGGAUAUUGCUGGAUCUGAAGUCCUUGUUGGAGGAGGUGCAGUCGGAGGUGAAAAGGGAAGAGAGUAAACGCAGCCAACUCCAGAUGCAGUACACCAAGGACCAGUGCGCCUGGGAGCUGGAAAAGGCAGAGCUCAAAUGCAGAAUUGCACAGUUGGAGGCCAAAGGUACAGUGAAUAGUGGGACUGGAGACACAUUAAGGAAGGAAAGAGAGGAAGAGCGGAGGCUGCUGGCAGACACCCAUACUGCAGCAAUGGACCUGCGUUGCCGGCUGGAGCACAGCGAGAGGGACUGGCUGAGGGAGAAAUCUGAGCUUUUGGAGCGCUUUGAUUUGGAGAGGAAGGAGUGGGAGAGUCAGCUCAGGGACAUGCAGCACAAGAUUGAAGAGCUGUACAAUGAAGUAAAGGUUCAUCGACAGAAAGGUGCUUUUGGACCAAACAGUGGUGCACAAACCACUGCCAUAAGGCUCAGUACACAUUCUGGCAGCACUGUAUCCAGCACUCUGACUGACUCCUCAGAGGCACGCAGCAGCAGUUACUCAGAGCCCCUCACCCAGCACAGGCAUAGCAGCACUGACUCCAGUCAUAACAGCAAUGAACCCAAUGGCCAGCACUAUAGCAGUCAGAGUGAGCGAUCAAAGCAUAGCAGCUCUGGGAAAUAUGAGCAUAAUGAACUCGAGCCCAUUAACACUGCAGAGCUAGAAGAUAUUCUUCAUGGGUGCCUUGUGAACAAGCCCAGCUCUGGUGGACAAAAGGAUCUGCUCAACCCUUACCGAGGGUUUCAGAAUAUGGACAUCAGCUGUGCGAGUGAUAAAAAGAAGAACACGAUUGCUCUUAAUGCUGCUCUUAAAGAAAUAGCUAGGGUUAGUGAGGAGCUGUGCAGCUACCAGGAUGAGAUCAGGAAGAAAUCUGAUUUCAAAAGAAGUCAGACUGAGUCAACGUUCUUUCCAGGAGAUGCUGAGAUGGGUGAGAAAGAUAUGUUGGAACUAGGUGACACAGAUUUCAGCUUGAAUGAGUGGUGCAAAGAUCUUCAUGUCCUGGAAAAGCAGAAAGGAAUGAACUGGGAUGACGUUAAAAAGAAUUCAACCAAGACUGAAAGUGACACUGAACUACCUGUGAAGAGAAGAGAUGUCCCACCUAUUCCAUUCAGGAGCACAUCUUGGUAUAUUAACAGCCCCUUGGCUACAGACAUACCAUCGAACGCCCCAGAGCCACUGCUGCGCAAAACAUGUGGAAGCCCUUGUCGUCACAGAAAGUGCAACAGCCCUUCUAUCGUGCGAAGAUUUGAAGCAAUGCUACAAGAAAAUGAGGGAAAGAUUCUGACAGACUCUGGGAUUGUGCCCGGCCCAGUGCCUCAUGAUUCCAAGUGCAAUAUCAGCUGCUGCCAGAGCCGGUGGUCCUGUGAUGGAAGCAGGUUUGGCAGCAGCAAGUCAUCCACAUAUGUGCCUAUCCAAAAAUGUAUCUCAGAAGUUAAUAUAAUAGCUGCAGAGGCUGAGUGCAGUCAGAAAAAAAUAGAUGCAGACAGUAAACAAAAUUUGAAGGAAGAGCUUCAUCUCAUGGACUCAACACACAAGGGUGUGGAUGCUGACUUCCUCACGCCUCCAGACAUAACUUCACCUUCUAUCAACACCACCGUCCCACGGAGGAAUGAGAUGUUAGAACGGAAAACAGCUGAGUUCAACCGCAUCCUCUUUCAGGCAGGCAUGGGUUUUCAGUGUGAUGAGGACAGUAGCUCCAAAGAUGUGGACUAUAAAUUUGAUAGCACCACUGAGGACAAUCUGACAAAUGUGCCACCAGAUCUUACAACACAGUAUUCCAUAAGCAAGUAUGAACAGGUUGCUCCUCAGUUAAAGAACGAAACAAAAGAUUCCAGUUCUGGCCCCUCAACUCUGCAACAGGAUGUAAAAGUGAAGAAGGUAACAUCUGGUCUGUCACAGCAUCUAGCAGUGAAACACAAGGACUCAAAAUGUACACGCCUGUUAUCACAUACAGAAGACAGGCAACCUUCCAUCACUCGGUAUGAUAAAAGCUUGAGAACAAUUAAAUCAGAUUUAGAUUUGAGUCCAUCACAGCUAAAAGAUCAGGCUGAGAGUAAAGUCAAUAAAGUCAAGUCUGUCACUUCAGGUCAGUAUCCUGCUGAAACAAAACCUAAAAAACCAGAACGUACAAAACAGGACAUGCCUAACACAAGGUCCAGAGUUUUAGAUGAAAAUCCUUGGAAACCUUCGACUCUGGCUGCCUACCCUCGACCACUGGAGUCCCGGUCCAACUAUGGGGCAAUAGAGAGGAUUUUGAAGAGUUAUGAAAAUUUGGGACAUUCCCAGCAAGACAAGCAACUGCAGUUUAAUCCAGGGAGGGAGGAGGACCUCACAGAGCUCUUGAAUUUGCUGGAAAUCCAGCAUCAGUCAAGAUCCAGUGAAAGAGUCACACAUACACCUCACCACCAAGCUAUAGCUCACAAAGAAGCACGUGUAGCAGUGAAGAGCAAAGAAUCAACAGUAACUGCCAAGAAGAGUUUCUCUCGACCAGUUUGCCCUACUAAAAGACGUCUACCCUCACGCUGGGCUAAUCGCUCUUCCUCCACCUCAUCUGCAUCCUCCCCAUCUCCCUCACCAACAACACAGCCCACCAUCUCCAGCUCACAACAAACACUUACCUACUCUGCAUUUCACACAGAGACACUUAUCAUGUAAGAACAUACAACAAAAUGUGACUAAUCAGUCACACACAUGCUGAGAACAAUGUUUUCAAAGCUGAACGCUUCCUUGACUCUUCCUGUUUACCUUUGUAUAUACCAAUAAUGACUGUUAAUCCAACAAGUUUUUCAAAAUACAGCCUCACUUACAGCUGCAUUGUAUUAAUCAUGUUUUGUAUUGUCAAUAUACGAAGCAUACACUAUAUAGCCAAAUGUUUUACACCUGACCAUCACACCAAUAUGUGGUUCUUCCCCAAACUGUUGCCACAAAGUUGGGAGUUGUAUACACAGUUGUAUAGGAUGUCUUUGUAUGGUGUAGCAUUACAAUUUCUCUUCACUGGAAUUAAGGGGCCCAAACAUGUCCCAGCAUGACAGCACCUUUGCACAAAGUGAGCGCCAUGAAGACAUGGCUUGGCAAGGUUGGUGUGGAAGACCUUGAGUGGUCUGCACACAGCCCCUCAACCCCACUGAACACCUUUGGAAUAAUUUGGAACAUGGACUGCACCCCAGGCCUCCUUGCCCUACAUCAGUGCCUGACCUCACUAAUGCUGUUGUGACUAAUUGGGUAAAUCCCCAGCCUUCAUAGAAAAGUGGAUGUGAUUAUAAGAGCAAAGGGGGCUAAAUAUCAUACAUGAAGUUCAAGGAGCACAUAUGAGAGUGAUAGUUAGGUGUCCACAAACCUUUGGCCAUAUAGUGCAUCAAUGUUUAUUUUUCUCUCCAGCUGUGUUCAUGGUCCACAGCAAAGGUUGUGUUAAGAAUCCAACAGAUGGAUUUCUGUGUAACUGCCGUGAUAUUUCUCCCUAUGCUUAUAGGUGCCUCUAAUUUUUGACCAUAUUUAAAGCUCUAGUGAUUAUUUCAAAGAAAUCAUUUGUUACACUUUCAUUGACUCUCAUCAGAAUGAUUGACUUGUACCGUAUGAAUAAGACAUGUAUUAUAAACUCACCCUCUCUACUUAC